CUUCUCAAUGAGGGGACGGAGCCUGGAGAAGACAGAGCAGUUGUUUCACUGGAGCCUAUCGCUGUACGCGUGUAAGAGGGGAAGUGAGCAGGCAAAUUAACUCCUUGUCCUCACGAGAGUGUUCACCUCCAGAGGAGCAGUACAAGAGACAGAAGGGAAAGGGGAAAGAGAAGGAGCUGCCAUCUGUGGUUGACAUAAGGUGACAUGAUCAGCCCUCUAUCCUUUCCUACUUUGUGACUGGUCCCGUGGCUGGAAAGGUUUUUUUGUUCUUUUUUUUUUGCAUCUGUACACGCAGGGAUUUCAGACGGACUGAUUCAAGCGGGGCCAGGGGAGGGAGUAGUAACAACAGAGCGACAUCUCCCCUUUAUCCUGCUCAUUUGUGGACCUGGAACUUUCCCUUGGAAACCCUGUCUACAGACUAUGGAUGGAUUUAAGACUGUCUAGUGAGUCUGUUGGACAAACGCUGAUCUUGACAGGGAUCCGUUUCUUCUGAUCACACCACCCAGAGGUGUCCCUGCCAUGUCCUGGUUACUGUGUGUGUGGAUUAGCCUGGGCCUCUUGCUGCUGUGCCAGGCUACACUCUACCAGACCAUCCAGCAGCACCACGUGCCCCGGGCUGGGCGUAGCGACAUCCAGUACCUGGAGGGCGGCACAUGUGAGGUCAUCGCUGCCCACCGGUGCUGUAACAAGAACCGCAUUGAAGAGCGCUCCCAGACGGUCAAGUGCUCCUGUCUACCGGGAAAAGUGGCAGGGACAACACGCAACAAACCAUCUUGCGUCGAUGCGUCUAUUGUGAUUGGAAAGUGGUGGUGUGAGAUGGAGCCCUGUCUGGAGGAGGAAGAGUGUAAGACCCUCCCUGAUAACUCUGGAUGGAUGUGCUCUUCUGGAAACAAGAUCAAGACCACAAGGAACACACAGCCAUACUCACCUUUUUAGCUCUGGAAGCAAAAUGCAGAGGAGGCUUCUACAGAAAUCGAGCUGCAUUCUUGCUUCUGUAAAGAUUCAUCCCAGGACCUAACAAAGAGCUCCCCUCGCAGGCUCCCAGCCACGCUCCUCUCCUCUCCCUCCCAGAAUGGACUCAAACUAUUACAUCAACGGCCACUGACUGGAUUACCUGUGACUGCAAUAAGGAUAUCCACCCAGAUAAAACAGCUUUGCUCGCGUGGUGCCAAGGAUUUGAAACCAGACUAAUCCCCUUUUGAUCAAUGAGCCCCUGGUUGGUGACUCUCCCACACAACAACCACGGCCAAUUUCCACCAUGCUCUGUUCUCUCUUUCCCUCCCUUUCCUGGGUGAUCUAAAAAAGCUUAGAAGGGGUUAUUUAGAGGUUGUAAAAACAUUAUUUGAAGACAUUUCCUCCACCUCCUCCUUCUUCAAGGUAAACUGGUAGAUCCCCGCUGAGGCUCUGCAAACGGAAUCGGACAGGAUCAGAGACACAUCAGGGGGAAAUGACUUUUCGAUUUUCAUGUUGUCAUCGUCUGUGCGGUCGGCGUCAGGUGAGCUUUGGAGUGACUGUACAGUCUGGGACAGUGGGCAGCAGUGACGACACACUCUCCUCCCGACCUCGGGCCUGGCCACACCUCAACAAACACUCUGAAAGGUUGAGGGGGACAACGCCUGGAGGCCCCUGACAGCUUCUCUGACCAUAUCAGUCUGACUUUUAUUUGUUGGCAUGCUCUACGUAAUUCAUGGGAGCGCUUUCUUUGUACGUAAGAUACUUUGUGUAUAUAUACAUAUAUAAAUACAGAAAAUAUAAAAACAUACUGUUGGGGAGCUGAAGUCUCUCGUAUACAGUCUAUGUGGUCUGUAACAAGAUCCCUUUCAUGGAUAUCCUCAUCUUUCUCCCAAGUAAGGAAGACAGUGAAUACCAAGGCUAUGGUGGAAUCUGUGUAUAGGACUGUCUGCAGUGUUUGCUUGCAUUGAGAAUAUCAAAAAAGGUCUCUUGGUGUCAUGAUAUAAGUAUUGGUCUUAACUACCAUGUAUGAUGUACUUGGAAAACCAGUUCUUGUAGUUUCUGUGUAAAUGAUGAAAACACUGGUCAGAACUGCCUCACAAAAGAGACUAACAACCCACACAUGCCUGGUUUUUCCAGUUUGAGAGCUUAAUCAGAAACAACUGUAGCUACAGCUGUUCGACUUGGCCCGUCCCAGGAAAGCUCAAGUCUCUCCUCAUUUUUCUGUUUGGUGUUACCUUGUGAGAAUGGUAGUGAAUUUGACUGUGCCAAUUGUGUGUCAAUUUCACACUCACACAAUGAAAGAUCACCCCAAGGAAAUAUGACUUUGUGAAAGUAUUAGCCUCAUUGGACAGACAUGCAGUACCCCCAGUAGAUAUACAGUACAUACAGCC